CUGCGCCUCCUCAGGCCCGGCCUGGGCGCCCUCCGCCAUGGGCUCCCUCUUCCGCAGCGAGGCGAUGUGCCUGGCGCAGCUCUUCCUCCAGGCGGGCUCGGCCUACGAGUGCCUCAGCGCCCUGGGCGAGCGCGGCCUCGCCCACUUCCGAGACCUCAAUCCAAGCACCAGUGUCUUCCAACGGAAAUAUGUGGGUGAAGUAAAGAAGUGUGAAGAGAUGGAAAGGAUACUUGGAUACCUUGUGCAAGAAAUUAAGAGAGCGGACAUUCCCCUACCAGAAGGAGAUGUUACCCCUGCUGCCCCUCCGUUUAAGCAGAUGCUGGAGAUUCAGGAGCAGCUGCAGAAGUUGGAGGUGGAGUUGAGAGAAGUGACGAAAAAUAAAGAGAAGCUGAGGAAGAAUCUCCUUGAGCUGACGGAAUAUACCCACAUGCUACGGGUCACCCGGUCCUUUGUCAGAAGAACUGCUGAGUUUGAGUCCUGUUUACUUACGAAUUAUGAAGAAUUCCCAACUUUAGAAACGGACCGCUUAGCGGACUACAACUGCAUGCAUAGACUCGGUGCCAAACUGGGAUUUAUAUCUGGCUUAGUUCACCGAGCAAAAAUUGAAGCCUUUGAAAAAAUGCUGUGGCGAGUCUGCAAAGGAUAUACAAUUGUUUCUUAUUCAGAACUGGACGAGUGCCUAGAAGAUCCAGAUACCGGAGAACCUACCAAAUGGUUUGUUUUCUUAAUAUCUUAUUGGGGUGAACAGAUAGGCCAGAAAGUUAAGAAAAUAUGUGACUGCUACCAUUGCCAUGUCUACCCCUAUCCUAGCACCCCUGAGGAGCGCCGAACAGUUAUGGAAGGACUUCAGGUUCGCAUUCAGGAUCUUCAUAUGGUACUGCAUAAGACUGAAGAUUAUUUACGGCAAGUUUUAUGCAAGGCGUCUGAGUCUAUCUACACCUGGGAUGUCCAAGUGAAGAAGAUGAAAGCCAUUUAUCACGUGCUGAAUCUCUGCAGCUUUGAUGUCACCAACAAAUGCCUGAUUGCUGAGGUCUGGUGCCCAGUGGCUGACCUGCCAAACAUGCGCCGAGCCCUUGAGGAAGGAUCUAGUGAAAGUGGAGCAUCUGUCCCUUCGUUCAUGAACACGAUACCAACAAAAGAAACGCCUCCAACUUUGAUACGUACCAAUAAAUUCACCUCUGGAUUCCAGGACAUUGUUGAUGCUUAUGGGAUUGGGAGCUACAGGGAAGUUAAUCCAGCUCUCUUCACCAUCAUCACUUUUCCCUUCUUAUUUGCUGUGAUGUUUGGAGAUUGUGGACAUGGUUUCAUAAUGUUCCUGUUUGCUUUGUUCAUGGUAUUAUAUGAAAAACACCCCAAACUCCUGAGAUCACAAGACGAGAUCAUGAAGAUGUUUUUUCAAGGGCGAUACAUCAUCUUGCUGAUGGGACUGUUUUCUGUAUACACUGGCCUGAUCUACAACGACUGUUUUUCAAAGUCUUUGAAUAUAUUUGACUCCCACUGGAACGUUUCCCAAAUGUUUGCUGUGGAAUGGCGUGAGGAAGACAUGAAGAAUCAGUAUUUGAUGUUAAAUCCAAAUGCAACUGGAGUGUUCAUAGGACCUUAUCCUUUUGGCAUAGACCCGAUUUGGAACCUGGCGAACAAUCGUCUCAGUUUCUUGAAUUCCUUCAAAAUGAAAAUGUCUAUAAUUAUUGGAGUGACCCACAUGACGUUUGGGGUCAUCUUAGGAGGACUUAACCACUUGCAUUUCAAGAAGAAGUACAAUAUUUAUUUGGUGUUCAUUCCUCAACUUCUGUUCAUUCUUUCCAUAUUUGGAUACCUGGUUUUUAUGAUCAUCUAUAAAUGGUUGGCUUUUAGUGCGAAGAACUCUGAGACGGCUCCCAGCAUUUUGAUUUUGUUCAUUAACAUGUUCCUGUUUCCUAAUAAGAGAGAACCACACAUCUUUUUCGAAGGACAGAUGGUUCUACAGAAAUUUCUCCUGUCUGUUGCUGUGCUUUCAGUUCCAGUGCUGCUUUUUGGAAAACCACUUUAUUUAUACUGGUUGAGCAAUGGAGGCCAAAGCAUCGGAGCAUACAGAAAAGGCUACCGGUUAGUACGAAAAGAAAGUGAAGAAGAAAUUGCUCUGCUGAGAACUCAUGAUAUUGAAGAAGGAAGCAGCUCUUUGGACCACAGGCACAAAGAUGAGGAGAAAGAAGAGUUUAACUUUACAGAUGUAUUCAUGGAUCAAGCUAUCCAUACCAUUGAAUACUGUCUAGGAUGCAUCUCCAACUCUGCUUCAUACCUCAGGCUCUGGGCUCUCAGUUUGGCCCAUGCACAAUUAUCAGAAGUCCUCUGGGCAAUGAUCAUGAGAGUGGGCCUUCGCGUGGAUGCGACUUAUGGGAUCAUCCUUCUGAUACCAGUUUCAGCCUUAUUUAUGGUUCUAACAAUAUUCAUUCUUUUAGUCAUGGAAGGUCUUUCUGCUUUUCUACAUGCUGUACGACUUCACUGGGUAGAAUUUCAGAACAAGUUCUACGCAGGCGAAGGAUACAAGUUCACACCUUUCUCCUUUCAAGACAUUUCUUUACAUUGUAAUAGAUACAUUGCAUAGUUUGGCUGCUGUAGUCGGUACAUCUCUAGAGUUGUUUGAAAAUAAUCAUGUACCUAUUUGUCAUUCUUGUACAGUUCAUUGUAGAAAAGAACAACACUGAUUGCCUUACAAUGCAGCCAAAUAAUUUUGUAAUAUAUAACCUCACAUUUGGAUUUUGCUAACGUGGAUUUCUGGUAAAUAGUCAUAAAAAUGUCUGUGUUUUCCAGUCAUGAGCACAUAUAAAUUGAUUUUAAAACUGAUUCUAAAUAUCUCAUUGCUGCUUUUAAAAAUGCUGCAGGUAUUUUUAAGAGCAGUUUGUUUCCUUUUGUAAACCCUUACAGUGCAUCCGAUAUGCACUUAACUGGAGGUAAGCCCCAUUGAACCUGAGUUCAGUACUGAAAAAUGCCUUGUCAUUCUGCCUUGUCAUUCCUGUUAGUACUACUGCACCUUCAUGAUUGCUCAUAGCUCAGAAAAUCAGGCAGCAGCUGAGAACGAAGUUGCUUACCUUUCAGUAUUUACGGGAAACUAUUAAGACUUUGUUAUACAGUCUAAGACAUGGGCUAAGAUAUUGUUUAAAAGCUUUUUGCCUCUGGUUUGAGCAAGAGCUAUGCUAUUUUUUUGCCACUGCACAAUCCUACAUUUUGAAUAUAAGGGGAAGGAUUUGAAAGCCAUGCCAGCUUUUGGAUUCAGUAAAAAACUUGAAGCCUGUGGCCUUGAAUUUUUUUAGGAAAUGCCUGUUAAGUUGACCAAGGAGCAAGUUAUAGGGGCUCACAGUGAUUCUCUUCCAAUAUUGCUACCUGAAAUUAUUUUGCAAGGUAUUAAAUAUUCUAAUUUAACUCCUGGGGGAACUUAAACUUCAUUUGCUUAAAUGAAAAAAAGAUUCCUUGAAAUUAAGUAUAUGCUUAUGUAAGUUUCUUCAGUAUUGCAGUCUGGAUAUCCCCAUACCUUUUGUUCAGUGUUGAAUGGCAAACUACCUGAGUUAGUACAAGUUCUUAGAAAACAAUUACACACUCCAUUUAUGCACAUCAUUCCAUUGCUGGAACUGAAUACUUGCAAAAUCAGGUUCUAGUUUAAUUUUGUUUUUGACACAGCAGUGAAUUUGAAUGAAACUUGUUUAUGCUCGGUGAAGACAGCUACCUUUUAAAAGUUUUUUUUUUAAUUUCAAAAUGAAAAUGGAGGUAUUUCACCUUCUUGGGUUUUAUAAUUGCCAGCAGAAUAAAUCUAGCCUUCUUUCAUAUUCAUCUUAAAUAAAAGCUAAUCACUCAUUUUGAGAACAAA